CACACUUAGCAGCGUAUCUGUCCCUGGUUUGCAUCCCAUGUUUUCAGAGUUUUCACAUUAGCAAGGCAUCCAUGGGACGCAGAGCCGCUGUCAGUCCGGGUUAUCCCCGAUUUUUCUCACUGCGGACAUACCGCGAAUUUUCCCAUAAUCCGCUGCCAACUCAAUGCUGAUCCGAUAAAUCCCAGUGUGAACACUUUUGUCCCUCUUUUGCUUCUCUCUCCCCCCGCUAAGUCUUGUCGUCGGAAGCUGAUUGGUCUGCAUCUCCAGCUCCCCAAAUGCUUCGUCCGCCAUUUUUUCCCCGCUACCUAAACAUCAGCGGUACAUCUCCAUUGGUGCCAUCUCUAUUCUUCUCUCCCCGUCUUUUGCAUCCUGAUAAGUUCGUGUUACGCGCCUCACAUUUCCAACCCCCCCCUUAAAAAAAUGUUUGCCUAGCGGUGAGCGAUUGUGGUCAUGAUGAACCAAACGUUUCAGUGACAACCCCUCUCCACUCAAAACUCUCUGCAUUUUGACAAUUCAAUCAGGAACCACCAUCGACAUUUUCCAGUAAUGAAAAAUAAAAUUGGCCAUAACGUUUCUGCGUUCUGUGGAUGCAAAGGUGCAUUGAGACAUCUCCACUUGUGUGUUCUACAUAUUUUGACUCCUUUUUUCGGGAUGGGAAUGGGGUUGGGGCAGUGGGUGGUGCCCUCAAACGAGGUUCAAACUCACCCCUUCUGGGAUCACGUGAUUUUUGUGGACCAAUGGGGUGCCAUUAUUUGCUGGGCGGGAAAUUCAACUCCUGCGAUCUGUGCCACCUCCGUGCACUGCUCAACGGUUGCUCAAGGAAAUGGCUGCACUAAAACCAACCAGUGGGAGAGGGGUCUCCUGGAGGGAGAAGGAGACAUUGGACCUCAUUGAAUUUUGGGGUGAGGAGAAGGUGCAAGAGGCACUAUUGCUCUGUCACAGGAACAUUGAUGUUUUCGAGCGCAUCUCAGAGCAGAUGGUGGCGAGAGGCCAUGCAAGAACCGCACUCGAAUGCCGGACAAAAACAAAAGCUUUGAGACAGGAGUACAAGAGGGUCGCGGCACACAAUGGAAGAUCGGGAAAUGCCCCUGCAACAUGCCCUUUCUAUGCACAGCUUGCAAGAAUUUUCAGAGGGGAUGCAAGCAUACGGCCACAAAGGGUGGCAAGAAGUCUUAACCUGCAGUCGGUGAGCAAUGCCGACCCCAUGGGGGAAGAUCGGUCGAACCAUGGCGUUCCCGCUCCAUGGGAGGGAUCAGAGGAACUAUUCACACAUCCAAUGGUCACUCUACAUCUUCAGGCGGUCCCCGCUUCCACUCCCAAUGAUUCAGGUUCUUCCACAGAACAAGAAACAUCAAUCGGAGAAGCCCCCCCAAUGGACAUGACCGAUCCAGAGGAUGAAAAUGCCGCAGACGAUCCAGAUUUAACUCAGAUAGAGGAGUUCCCGGAGGUGACAGGACAGGGUGCAGAGGAUCCGCAAGGAGAUCUGAACAAUCCACCAGCAGUGGAACAACCGCAGGUCCCCACGGCACAACUGUCUCCUGCUACACGCUUAGAAAAGGCGCGCACCAGAACCAGGCGCGUCUCUGUCCUCACCAACGUUGCAGAGAGAAUGCUAUCUCAGGCACAGAGGGAGGAACAAAACAACAGAAAGGAACGUGGAGAAAUUCUGGAGGCAACCAGCCAUUGGCGUGCAGCCAUGGAAUCAGAGACAAGAUGGCACGAGGACAUUAUCAGGGAGGCAAGAGAGGAUCGUAGGGCUUUUAUUGAGGCACAGUCACAAAAUAUGGAGGGGCUUAAUAGGGCUGUCGGUGCCCUCAGCUCCUUGACUGAACUCUUUGUCAGGGAGCAAAGAGCAGGCCCGGUUGCAGAAACUUCCCAAAAUGCCAACAGCAAAACACGCGAUAACGAUCAUGAGAAGGCACCACUAAGAAAAAGGGCUCGGAUCAUUAAAAAGAGAGAAAGAUAUGAUCCAUCCCUCUGAGCCCCACAUGUUUUUCCGGUGCAGCAUUUGGGUUGGAAUCUGCAUAUCACACGUAUCAUUGCUGUUGAAAUUAUGUUUGUCACAGCUGUAAUUGUGUUUUUCGAUGUUGGCGAGGGGUUGACAAUGGCCAUUGAAAAAAAUUGGUUUUUGUUUCCCACCGCAAUCCAGGUGCGGUUUGCCAGAUCUAUUUUUUGACCACGGUUGUUUGAAAUGUUGACCCAUGGGAGAAACUACACAGUUUUAAAUUUGUUUUUUAUUCUUUUCAAAACUUGAAAGAUUACAUGUGAGGCAUCAUAUGGACACUUAACUAACAUGCAUGUUAAAUAAAUCUUUUCUACAUCUCCUUAAACCUUGACAGCACAUUAUCAAUGUCGGACCUCAAUUUCUUGUUCUCCUCAUUCAAAUUCCUCACAUUGUUUUCUAGCUUCUUCACCAAGGCCUGCAGGCUGUCCAUCCUUCUGUUGGUUUUCUUUGCUGUGGAAACAAAAGGUGUAAGCGCAGAGUGGCCACUUCUGUGUUCACAAACGUAGUAAGUCAUUGAUGGUUACUUACCGCAGCUGAGGCAUGUUCCCACUGCCUUGUGAACAGUCUCCAGUAUCUCAAGGGGCUGUUCCCUUGCCAAAGAUGAAGAAGGCACAUUUACAGUGUGUAGUGGACACCGCGCUUGAAUGCAUUCCUCACAGGGGUCACCUGAAAAGGGGGUUUGGAGAACUUGAUUUAAUUUUGUUCAUUGUCAUUACAGAGCACGUGUUUAACAUGUGGCAGAAUGACGGUGUAGUUAGUUCCAUUUGUGUACCUGAAUGCUCAGUCAGCUGUUCUGGUGGAAUCACUGCUUGCUGAGGUGUGACUUCUUCAUUGAACUCGGAGCAGUUUCCCUCUUCUUGCUUCACUGCCUCAGAACUGGGUUGCAAGGCCAUUUCAUCCAUUGGCACGGUCACCUCUGAGCCUGUUUCCUCCGUGGGCUCCUCCUCCCCCUCAUGUCUGUAUGAUGUUGCUGGAGAAACACAUGAAGAGAAUUAAAACAUCAGUAAGAGCAGUAUUGAUGAAAUGUUAUGAACAAGGAAUUCUGACUAAUUCAAAAAAUGGGGCAAGGGAAUGUUGAAAUGCUGAUCACCCUAGGCAACCGAUGCUGUAUCAUGUGUAGGGAUUUAGGGAAUGCCGUUUAGAUUAGAAGGCCGGUUUGGGAUCUUGGGCAGGGAGGGGGGGGAAUACCCAUGGAGGAAUGAUAAGGGCUGAGGUGUGUGGAAUGCUGUUUUUACUUACCGCACAGUAGCCAAGUCAUCUUUAAGAGAACACAUUAAAAAUAUGUGCUGACAUAAACCAUAAACCUUUCCCAAAGAACAGAAACAAAACAACUUUUAAACAUGGUGGGAUAGUCUUCAAGGACAGGGCACAGUCCCAGUGCCGUUCAGUGCCACGUGUUCCUGUGUUCCAUGUGCUGAUCCCAACACAGCAUGCCUGUUCUGGGGUUUUUCCUUGAAAACUUCCAUCCAACAUUCCUCUCAUUCAGGAAAUUGGUGCCUUGUACCAACAUACAUUUCCAUCUUAG